AUGCAUCCCCAGUGGUGUGUGGUGAGGGACCUGUCGGGACAUUUUGCGACAGUGGAGAAUGAGAAGCCGGCUCCAUGUGCUCAAGCGGGGAAUGGUCGGCGUUGUACCAUCAAUGGCACAGAGUGUCGAGCUGGCUGGCCAGGCCCUAACCAUGGAAUCACCCAUUUUGACAACCUGGGCUUUUCAAUGUUGACCGUCUACCAGUGUAUCACCACACAGGGGUGGACAGAUGUCCUUUACUGGGUAAACGAUGCUAUAGGAAUGGAAUGGCCAUGGAUCUAUUUUACCACACUCAUCCUGGUUGGCUCCUUCUUCGUACUGAACCUUGUUUUGGGUGUGCUCAGUGGCGAGUUCACAAAAGAGCGGGAGAAGGCCAAGUCUCGUGGAGAGUUUCAGAAGCUGAGGGAAACCCAGCAGCUGGAUGAAGACCUCAAGGGCUAUAUGGAGUGGAUUACUCAGGCUGAGGUCAUGGACAAUGACCAGGAGGGACAGAGUCUGCUCAACACUGAAAAUGGAGGAUCAGAGACUGGAACUGUCAGCAAAAUGGACACAACUCAGUUGAUCAUCUUUUACUAUAAACUGGCUCGCAAGUGGAAUCGUUGGUUACGGCGUAAAUGUAGAGUGUAUGUGAAGUCCAGACUGUUCUACUGGUGGGUGAUAAUGCUUGUCUUCCUAAAUACACUGGCCAUCGCAACAGAACACCACAAACAAUCUCAGAGACUCACAAACUGGCAAGACAGUGCCAAUAAGCUACUGCUGUCUAUGUUUGCCCUUGAGAUGUUCAUGAAGAUGUAUGCUCUGGGCUUGCCCUCUUACUUCAUGUCUCUCUUCAAUCGCUUUGACUGCUUUGUGGUGUCAACUGGCAUUAUGGAGCUCAUCCUUGUCCACAUGGGUGUUAUGUCAGUAAUGGGUAUUUCUGUGCUGCGCUGCAUACGCCUGCUCCGCUUGCUCAAAGUCACCAGAUACUGGACAUCUCUUAGUAAUCUGGUGGCCUCUCUCUUGAACUCAGUCCGUUCCAUUGCCUGCUUGCUGCUGCUCCUCUUCCUUUUCAUCGUUAUCUUCUCCCUGCUGGGUAUGCAGGUGUUUGGGGGGAAGUUUAACUUUCCCAAUCAACUCAAACCCCGCAGCACCUUUGACAGUUUUCCUCAGGCCCUCAUCACUGUGUUCCAGAUCCUGACAGGUGAGGACUGGAAUGCUGUCAUGUACGAUGGCAUCAUGGCUCAUGGAGGACCCAGCAUGCCUGGAAUCCUAGUUAGCAUCUACUUCAUCAUCCUAUUUGUCUGUGGAAAUUUCAUCCUCCUAAAUGUCUUCCUGGCCAUUGCUGUUGAUAAUUUGGCAGAGGCUGAGUCUCUGACUUUGGCACAGAAAGAGAAAGCAGAGGAGAAAAAACGCAAGAAAGCUCUCAGGGCCAACAUGCCUGGCAAGAUGUCAGAAGAGAAAGCAAAUCUGGCAAAGAAGUUGGCUGAGCAAAGAGCCAAAGGUGUAGAGGGCAUCCCUACAACUGCCAAGCUCAAAAUUGACGAGUUUGAGUCCAAUGUCAAUGAGAUCAAAGACCCUUUUCCUCCAGCAGACUUUCCUGGUGAUGAUGAGGAGGAAGAUCCUGAGAUCCCAGAAAGCCCUAGACCUCGUCCAAUGGCAGAUCUGCAGUUAAAGGAGGAAGCAGUGCCAAUGCCAGAGGCCAGCUCGUUUUUUAUCUUUGGACCUCAGAACAAGUAUGAUACUGGUUGGGGUUGA